GUGGUAUUAAUGAACGACGUGUUGGUCCUGAAACGAAUAAGUCUGUGAAGAAGAAGGAGGAGGAUGAUAAAAGUAAACCGGGUAUUGGUAGUGGAUGUGGUACUAUACCAGGAAGAAAAGUUGAUCCAUAUGAUUUCUAA